AUGUGUCCACCCGUACCGGGGAUCGAGCCACGGACAUUCACUAAGCGAGCUGAGUGCGCUACCAAUCGAGCUACGAGACAUGAUGCUGGUCAUCUGCACUCAAGUCAUCCACAGGAGCUACCAUAUUUCGUUCCUGUCACCUAUGACAGGACGCGGGAGAAAUUAGAAGAAUUAGAUACGUGUGCAACAUCUGGGUAUAUUUUUUGUACAAAAGCAUUAAGUCGCAGGAAGCGAGAACACUUGAGAGGAUAUUCUUGCAAGCUGCAAGGAACAACAGACCGCUUGCAACCGCCUCCCGUCAUCUGUGAGUCUGUUAAAUGGAGGGUUUACUGUACAAAUAUUUUCCCACUUUUAGUUCAGUAUUUACUGUACUCUUUCAGAACGCCAUUGUCGUGGUCUGCAGCCUCACACUUGUACCAGAGGACUCUGACUUUGAGACAUUCUUCAACGACAACGCAUCCAGUAGCAUCAUCAGCGGAGAACGCUAAUCCCAACCUGGGCCUAAUCUUGAGUGAUUCAUGUGUGGCCAGGCUGAAGGAGAUCAUUGAUGAUGAUAAAUCCUUCCUCAGGGUAAUCGUGGAAGGUGGAGGCUGCUCAGGCUUCCAGUACAAGUUUGAGUUGGACACACAAAUUAUGGAAGAUGACAGGGUUUUUGAGCGGGAUGGAACACGUGUGGUUAUCGACGAAAUCUCACUGGACUUUGUGAGAGGUUCAGUUAUUGAUUAUCACACUGAGCUGAUACGUGCAGCAUUUAGAAUUACAAACAACCCUCAAGCUGAGUCAGGUUGUUCAUGUGGUGCUUCAUUUUCCAUCAAACUUUAAAGACUAUUUUAACAUGCUACAGUAAUGUACCUUGCACUUUUGUUUCAGCAUAGGAAAGCACACACACAGUUUUAUGUACAGUGCUGAACUUUUGUAAGAAAAUUGCUUGAAUAUUAGACAAUGGAAAUAACUAAAUUCUAGUACUUGAUGUAAAAUAUAACAUUGAUGGGGAAGCACUAAACCCAUAAAGGUCAUACAGCUUCUGAGGAAUGGAAGGUAAUCAGAUUUCAUCCAUAUAAAGAUAGUUUAGUGUGAAGAACUAGAGCUUUGUUAACAUCAAAGCAUCCCCUCCACCCCAACCCUCUUGAAAGAAUAGUAUAAUUGUAUAUUUGAAAUUACUACACUGAUUUGUAGCUACAAGAGCAGUGCUGUGCUUAUUCUUCUACCACUGUUGCUAAAGGAAAAUUUCCCAACUCCAUAUUUUAUUAAUAAACAUUUAUAGACUCUUGUUAUCCCCAAUUGAGAGUAUUUUAUCAUACAGGAAAGAGGAUCUAGGAGUUAUUACAGGUCGGCCAUCACUAAUCCGGCAUUCGGUUAUCCAGUUCCAUCAGUAAUCUGGUACUAAUUUUGGCUAGCAUAAUUUCAAAUUUCAUCAUUAUACUGACUGAAGUCAUUAUACUGAUUCCAAUUUCAUCAUUAUACUGACUCAGAAAUUGUGCAGAUGGUUGUAAAUCCACAGCAAGCCAGUGGAGGAGAAAGCAGUGAUGAAAAUGAGGAAGAUGUAGUAGAAAGUGUCUCUAUUGAUAGGUUAAUUAAGUGUAUUCUAACCUAACCACUCUGUAAUCCAGCAAACUCACUAAUCCGGCACACUACAGGUCCCAACGAUGCCGGAUUAGUGAUGGCUAACCUGUAUUAAUGAGAAAAAAGUCAUCAGAGUAUAUAAAUAUUGCAAGAUGCAUAUUCUACACUGGCUAACUAUAAUAUAGCUUUCACAUGUAUGAAUGAAGAGGUGCCAAAAAGCCCUUCAUUACAUAUGUUAGGUCAACAUUGGAAAACAGCUUUGUGUCCACACCUAAAAAAAUAUGUGGAUCAGAUAGAAAAAGUCCAAAUUAUUAUUAUUAUAAUUAAGGGGGAAGCGCUGAAUCCAGAGGAUUAUACAGCGCCUGGGGGGGGGGGGGAUGUGGAAGGCAUUCAGGCUUAAUUCGGGGAACUGGAGCACAGAUCCAAUUCCCUAAAUCAAGAGCCCCUCACCAACAUCAAGGAACCUUCCUUGAGGAGAAAAAAGUCCAAAGUGCUACAAAAUGGAUCCCGAAGGUAAAAUGUAAAAUAGUUGAAGGAAAGGCUGAAAAUACUGAAGACCAAAUUGGCUGAUGGGAGGAAGAGUUAAGAGUGCUUGAUACCCAACUGAUCUGGAACUUGUGUAUAGAAUGGAUUGUCAUUAUAUUAAUAAUAGUGCACUAAGCCCAUAGGGGUUAUGGAGUGCCUUCCCUUUUGUGGAUCACACCUUGAAUGCCUUCCAUUGCGUAGGUGUUAUAUGACAUGUACCUCUUCAAGGGGGGCUCCUUGGCGUGGUGAAGAGGCUCUUGGUCUGAGGAAUUAGCCCUGUCGGUCUUCUUCCUCAGACCGAACCUAAUUACCCCCCAUUCUCCCCUCCCCUAUCCCAUCCUCCCCAUCCUCCCCUUUUUCCAUUCCUCCUCCUCCUCCUCACCCCUCCCUUUUGCCCUUCCUCUUUUUAGCCUUCGUGAUUUCUCACACAGGCGCGCUAGUUCCUAGGUAGGGGAAAGGACACCGGGGUCCAUCCCAUUCCGUUGAGGUUUCUUGGCGGUGGCGUAUUUGCCGUGGAAUCUGGAUUGCCUAGGGAUGUCCCGAUCCCUCUCCGGUAUCCCGGAGUAGCUUUGGGUGUCUUUUGGGCGACGGGUGUAUCUCUGGAAGCCACCUUUCGGAUUCCGGGGGUGGUGGCUGAAGGAGGUAUGCUUUGUGGCGGAUAUCCGGCCGCCCCUCUCUUUGUCCACCGAGGUAGCUCGGCAGAUGUGAGGUUGCUAUCCCAGAUUGCUGGUUUACUGGCAUGAAGGGUAAGGGUAUGGCACGGGUUCCAUGCUGCAUCUGCGCUACUAGCGGUGUCGAGUCCUCUUGGGCGCGGAGGGAGAUUUCUGGCCCUUUCAUUCCUCCUAGGAACUAUCCCUCCCCGGUCCCCCCUUUUUUUUUUC